AUGGCGGCGCCGCAGCGUUCGCACGACGGGCAGCAGCUAGCCGCUGCAAAGCGUGUUGAAGAACCAGUAGGGCCGUUGGUGCAUGGUGCAGCGGGUAUACUCGGCGGCUGCACCUCCACAGCACUUUUUUACCCCUUGGAUUUCUUGCGCACACGGAUGCAUAUAUACAAGGGUGGAAAUACAUUUCCUCUCCGCUCCGCCCGCCAGAUUGUGCAGGAGGAGGGUGUGAGAGGCAUGUAUAGAGGCAUCACUGUGGCUAUGGUGACGCACAGUAUAGGAUGGGGACUGUAUUUGACGGCAUUUCGAGCUGCACAACAGAGACUUCAAUCCAUUGAGGAGGGGGUUAAAACACCUCUUAUAGCCACCGAAGGUGGAACAAAUAGUAGUGGUGGGAGCGCCACUCGAGACUUUCUGAGUGCAUGUUUUGCAGCCGUUGUUACCGGUACUAUCAUUACGCCGCUUAAUCUUCUGAAAACACGCCGACAAUUGUACGAUGUGAAGCAUUACCACAAACCUCGAGGCUUCAUCGGUGGUGUGAAGGCUAUUGUGAAGAAGGAAGGUCUCCUCUCCUUGCUGCGUGGCGUCGGGCCACAAAUCCUUCUAACAGGAAGCACCACUAUUCAGGUGACACUCUAUGAAGGAAUAAAGCGCGAAGCCUUUAAGGACAGUGAGAAUCCGUCAACGAUGGAGGUAGCGCUUGCCUCAGCUUUGUCGAAAGCUGCUGCCUCGACGAUCUGUAACCCUCUCGAAGUUGUUCGAACUCGUUUGCAGGACAAGCGAAAUCAGCCGCUGCAAGAAUAUAGCUCGAUGGGUGCGGCAUUCCGAACCAUAUGGCGCACUGAAGGCAUGCUGGGCCUCUACAGAGGUCUUCCUGUGAAUAUUUGUCGUGUCGUUCCUACAACCGUCAUGGCGUUUGUCUUGUACGAAAAAUUUCUUGCGGCUAUGGUUGCAUUGAACUCUGUAACAACGCCUUUGCAAGGAAAGCCGGAGCUACAUGGUGUCAACCGGUCCACUUGGGUGGACACAGGGUCAACAGACUAA